CAACCAGUGCUGUUCAUUCCACAAGUGAGAGGUCCCCCAAAAUCUGAGACCACACUUCCGCGCAGACUCUCGCAUGAACACUUCACUCCAGCUAUUUACCCCAUUUCUGCAUCGUGGAAAAAUUCUCCGAGAAAACUCGCGUUCCGAGUUUUCCCGCUCUUCACAGCGUCCGUCUUGUCGGUCGGAUGGUCGGUCGCUGUUGCCAUCAUCGUCGGCCGUCGUCCACAGAUCUCUUCCCACCGUCAGUGGAACCAGUCGCAGGAAGCAGGAACUCCGGUCGAGCGUCCAAACGCGCGAGUGUGAGCCGUACCUCCAUAAUAGAGAGUAGCAACGCGUUCUGUGUGCAGUGGCAUCUUGUGCUCCAUAAAACCCCCAUCAACAACAUCAUCAUCAUCGGGUUAGCAGGAAGUGGCGGCCGAGGACGACGACGAACGUCGAGGUGAAAGGUUGGAAAGCGGUGUGCGCGCGCGAUUUCUCCGGGUCGUCUGGGUGACAAGUGAGGCGAGAAAAAGGGGUUUUCCCUCCCGGCUGUUGUCGGUGCGGUCGUCUAACCCUAUACGAGAAGUGGUGGGAGUGAGAAAAUAAGUGCGUUUUCUGCGUUUGAGUUGAAAGCGGAUGCUGAAGAAAGGAUAAAGUGCACGCAUUGUCAAGGAUAUUGUGCGUUGUGCCUCCAUCUCAGAGUGAGUGUGAGGGGGCCAAAAGUGAAAGGGAAAAAAGCUUGGGAUCCCAAAACGAGCGGUUUUCUGUUCCGGCAGCGAUAAGGUUGGAAAAAUAUCAAAGCAGAGUUUAUGUGAAGGUCACAAGCAAGAGAAAAAAAAGAUUUCCAGAAAAAAAGUGAAAGCCGAAAGUUUUUCUUUCCCAAUCCCACGCAAUAACAAGAGCGCAUAGUGAAGAGCAAAACCCAAACAUAGCGCGUACCUACAGAUAAAAGUGCACCAAGUUUACUCGACCGUGAAAAGGAGAAAAAAAGUGGAGGAAAACAGGAUCAAUUCGGCACGAUUCCAGGAAGCGCAACGUAGGUACCGCAGCUUUUGGCAGAUUGUGUAGAUAAUUAAAAAAGAAACUCGAAUCCCUCAUUCCGAGGACGUUCGUCGUUCAUCGAUCAGAGUUGCGCGCACCCACCACAGGAAGGGGCCGGGCAGGUUUAAAAGUGGAGUGAGAGACCAACAAAAAAGCAAUCACUCCAGCCAGAUUCGUCCUUCCACCAUCAACCGCCACCAAAAACACUCACCGUGAGGAGGAGGGGGUUUCUUUGCUUUAUUUGUAGCAGCUCUCUCAGGUCUAUUUGCCUAACAACGACGACGACGACGAGGACGAGGACGACCGCGCCAACAAUCAGGGGGGAACCGAGUGUCUGGGGAAAAACCACCAACAGAAGAAUCGAAACCCGGUGCAAAGGCCGGAAGUGAAAAUUGCUUUUUGGUGUGAUUUCCGCACGGAAGCUUCGGUUGGGCGUGGGGAGGUGAUUAAGUGUGUGCGCCGCAUGCGGGGAGGCCCAGCCAACAGUGAAAAAGGCAAUAAAAGCAGCAAAGUGUCAGUUUUGUGAGUCUACAGACCGGCUAAAACGGCCGCAGUAUACAGAAGAGAGAGAAAAAAACGAGGUGAUUCGGCAGUAGCAACGAUUUUCGUUUGCAUCUUCGUCAUUUCGUGAUUACUUCACGGUCGGAAGUCAUUCGACCGAGGGGGGAGAGAGGCCGAAGGAGAAAGUAGGUGAAAAUUACACUGUUAUUGCCGCCGGAGCUAAUGAAAAAUCAAACGGUGAGAAAUAAGUGAGCCAAUAAGUGGAAGCAAACACGAACGUGUGUCUCCAGCGCGAGUGAUCGUACAGUCAGUCGGAUAGGAAAAAUCGAACUCUCUUCCAUCAGCUAUCCUAAUUGGAUUAUAAAUUAACCGGAAGGUGAACACGCGCGCUUCAAAUAUAGUGCCCGGAAUCAGUCAACCCAACUGCACCAGUCACCAAGCUGGAAUCGAGUGGGAAAUGGGCGCAAGUUGAGCGUGAAAAUAAGCGGAAAAAAAUCCAAGAAAAAAGAGGACAACCACCGAAACAAAAGGAUCAACUUCCCCCCAAACAACAGAAUUUCAAAGCGAGAACAAAAGCCCCAACAGCACCACUACAGCCCCAACCAGUCAACAACUCGUUGAAAAGCACUUCUCCCACUGUGUGUAUAGUGUGCAUCGUGCUUCUUGCAGCCACCCUGGGGCAAUCGAUCCGGGUGCAUUGUGCAUCGCACGUACCCCAUUCAUGUCGGACUUUGGCGAAACUCCACCUCAGUAAGCUUACAACAAACCAACCAAACACGAACCAACAGAGUUGUCCCCAUCCAAAUCCCUACACCCACAACCACCCCCACCCGCCCACACACGUCCCCUAAAUGCUGAGCGUCGACACCCCGGCAACGGCGGAUGCAACUAACAGCAGCAGCAGACUUCAAUCGGCGACGUCGUUUCCCUCAUCAACGUCAGCGGCAGUCUCGACGGCCAUCUCGGAGAACCGCUUCCCGGUGGAACUUGCCAGGACCGGGUCGUCGACGGCGGCCUGUAGCCGAAGCGGUAGCACCAGUCCAGUAGUGAACCAGCACUGUUGUUGUGCGGAGGAACAACAGGAACAGGAGCAUCUCGGAACCACCGGUGCUGGUUGCAACAACAGGGAGAUGACCACCACGGUGGCAGCCGUUACCGCAGCUGCCAAUAAAGCAGUAGCAGCCCUCAUGGAGUACCGACAGCGACAACAGCAGCAGCAGCAGCAGCAGCAACAACAACAGAAUAAUGUGAGUAAUUUUCAUACAAAUAUAUUUCUGCUGGGUGUUGAGUCCAUAAUAUGUGUACUUUGGGUUGUGGGGUACUACAAGUAA